AUGUUUAAAUCAAACACCAAACCCAACCUCGAUAUCGCAUUGAAGUCACAGGAAAUUAAGGUAUGUGUUAAGGACAAGUUUGCGCGUUAUACGUUUAAACAAGAAUACUAUAACAAGGAGGAAAAACCGAUCGAAGUAUUUUACACAUUCCCCACUCCAACUGAGGUUGCUCUAUAUGAAUUUACGGCUGUUUUGGGCGAUAAUACCAUUGUCAAAUCGAUUUGCAAGGAAAAAAAACAGGCAAAAAAGGACUAUAACAAAGCAAUUGAAAACGGCGAUACCGCCUAUUAUAUUGAUAGGUCGGAGGGCAAUAUCUUUUCAAUCGCAAUCGGGAAUUUAGCUCCGAAAACUAAUAUAACAAUAAUAGUCGAAUUUGUUUCUGAACUCGAUACUGAACAAAAUAUAAAUAAUUUACGUCUGAAAAUUCCAGUGACCAUAUGCGAAAGGUACACGCCUAAAUACAAGUAUGUGGAAAAAAAUUAUAUAGAUUCUGUUUGUAAUCCAAGCAAAACUUUGGAAAAACCUUAUUCUUUGAACAUUGAGGGAACCAUUGAAAUGGGUAGCAAACUAUGUUCAGUUCUUACAAAGAAUCAUAACAAGUUCAAGGUAUCAUUUGUAGAGGAAAAUAUUUGCAAAUUCGAGAUAAAAGACCUUGACAAUUUAGAUAGAGAUAUAAUAAUUAAUAUUGAGCGCUUACCACCGUCAUCGUCGCAAGCAUUUACUCAAAAAUUGUCAACCGAACCCAGAAAUGGAGUAUAUAAAUACUGCACAGUCGUAAAUAUUGUCCCAGAUUUUACGUCCCUUCCAGAAGUAGACAUCAAAAAAUGUCAUUAUUGUAUAUUGAUUGAUAGUUCUGGAUCAAUGAAUUAUGAGGAUAGAAUGUCAAGAUGCAAAACGGCAGCACAAAGAUUUGUCACGUUGAUACCAAUUGGGGCAAGUUUCGACAUAUAUGCGUUUAACAAUAAAUUUUAUAAGUUUAAGUCCAACGAAACCGAUGAUAUUAUGCGCAAGUGCAAGGCAUGCACUUGGAUUGACAGCCUUUGUGCAAAUGGCACAACGGAAUUCGUUCCUGUUCUCAAAGACAUAUACUCUAAUGUUGACAAACAAAAAAACACAGUAUUAAUUAUAUUAACCGACGGUGAUGUAACUAAUACGCAAGACAUCUUAAAAAUUAUUAAGGCGAAUCCAAGCGUUAGUGUAUUCAGUAUCGGCAUUGGGUCUCAAGUGAGCGAGGAACUUGUAAAAGGAAUGGCUACCCAAGGAAACGGACGAUGUGAAAUCAUCGACAAAGCGUCUGGAUCUAAUGACGAUAUUAGCAAAAUUGUCACCGCUCAAUUCAACAACGCUAAAGACAGUUUACGAAAACACUUAAAUAAUUACAAAAUUGAACUCGAUAAAAAAACAUACGGAGAUAAAGUUGUUAAUUUUACAACUUAUGGCUUUGAUGGCAGAUCAGUCACCAAUCAAAUACAAAUACAGCCCGUUUGUACAGAUGGAGAGUUUUUACACAGAAUUGCGGCAAUUAAAUUGAUUAAUGAACUUGAACUUCAGAUCAUGGAAAGUAACAGGGGAUCGAAAAUACAACAUAUGCAAAUUAAUGAUGUUGAUACCGACGAUUCUACUAAAAAGAGGAUAAUUGAAAUCAGUGAAGAACUAAAUGUUCUUUCAAACCAUACAGCAUUCAUUGGGAUAGAAUGUAAAGAAAAUAAGGUUUUUGGAGAUAUGCUGGUUAGGCUAAUACCCCUUCAGGAAAAAAGUGCCAAAAUGCCUAAAAACUACGACUGUUGUGAUGGCCCUGCCCCUGCCCCCCGUUCUAGUGCCCCCCGUUCUAGAAUAGUCUGUUUUGACACUGUUGACGGUCCACUACCAUGUUCAGAUGGAUUAUUUGACACUGUUGACGGUCCACCACGUUCAGAUGGAUUUGACACUGUUGACGGUCCACCAUGUUCAGAUGGAUUAUUUGACACUGAUGACGGUCCGAGUUUUAAAAAAUGUCGAAGAAUAACGUCAGAUCGUAGUGGUUCAGAAUUAUCAGACUCAGAGGAUGAGGAUAUGUCUGGAAUUGUGUCAGGCGAUGACGAUAUUGUAUUUACUAUAAAUGUUUCCCUUGGGGGUCGUUUCAUUACUAAUGAUGAUUAUAUGGCUACAUCGAGCGGGUCUCUAAAUGAUCUUUUGAAACAUCUCAUAAACGGAUUUAAUCUCAAACUAAAAUCCGGGGAUAAAAUUAGAAUAGAAUUAGAAAGCAAAGAAAAAGGCAUUUACGAGAUUAUUGAAAUAGGGUCCCCAGACCAAUAUUGGGUGCUUCAUCGUUUAUAA